AUGUCUAAGGCUAAUUCGAAGAACCUAUCAACGUCGAAAACAAAUGAUUUGUCACCGCCGCCAGCGAAGCGCUUGAAAUUCGAAGACGAGACAGUGAAGGUCUUUGUAGGGCAUGAGGAGAAGGCCUUCAUAAUUCACAAGCUUCUUGUCUGUCAAGCGUCCCCCUACUUCAAGGCUGCGCUCAAUGGAAGCUUUGAAGAAUCGGUUGACGGCAAACUUUAUUUGUACGAACAGGAGCCGGAACUAUUCAACUGCUUCGUCGAAUGGGUGUAUUCAGGAAAUAUCGAUUUGCUCAAACUCUGUGGGGAGCAGCGCCACGAUUCCAAGGUCUGGACGAAAUUUUCGAAGCUCUACCUACUAUCCAAGUACCUCCAAUGCCCAGCAUUCGGGAACUGCCUUCUCGACACAGCGCCCGUCAUAUCGCCCCUUGACAAUCGAAAAUACACCUUGCCAGAUACAGGAAUUGUGAAGAUGGUUUAUGAGAAAACAGUAGGGCAGUGUGGCAUUCGCAGAUAUUUGACGGCGGCGUUCGUCUGGUUGACGAAAGACAUCGUUCCCAAAGAUACGAAGCUUUUUGGUGAAUAUUUCGCUGGUUUGCCAGCAGAUUGCGUUCUAGAUAUCACAAAUCUCGCUGUGGGAGCGGCCCACAAUGGGUACCGGAAUCCAUUCAAAGAGUGGUCACCAGAUAUGAAGACUUACCAUGACAAGUGA